CUGACAACAACUAUGUGGCGCACAACUAUCUGCCUCCUACCACCGUGUGCCCAUUGCCUACAUGGAUCAAAUCCUGAGGUGGACUUGCUCCGCGACCGUUUUCCCUGUUCCCAGCUGAAACAAUCCAUCUUCCUGAAUCGCAUCAAUCCUAAGCUUACGCGGUUCUACAGUGAAUCAAAUGAAGCGGCUUGGUCGACCCUGACACACCCAAACAUUGUCCAUUUCCAUGGGUGGAGGAUGGUGAAUGUUGUGGAUAAUUCGAUUCGCGCUAGCUUGAUCUCAGCCUGGUGCGGGGGAGGGGAUCUCAAGUCGUAUCUGAUCAGAUCCCAAUUUGUCAAUUGCCAUGAGUUGGUAAUAUUGCAUGCUUGUACUAUCAGAUAAUGUCGCUGCUUCUGUCUAGAUUCGAGGCAUUGCCGACGGCCCUAGCCUAUCUUCAUCUGAAGAGUGUCGUCCAUGGUGAUGUCAGUCCGGAGAACGUUGUGAUGCAUGACAAUGUUCCCAAACUCUGCGGUUUUGGACUCUCAGCCCUUUUAAAUGACGAAACGACAUGCGCUCAAGGAUCAAGCAUGGCAACUAUCCUUCGAUACUGUGCUCCAGAACUGUUUAGAAUUUCGAGAGAUAAAUUUGGGCCUUUGGAUACACGGCGGCCUUUCGAGGACACCCAGGGAAAAGUGCUUUUCCACAAAUCAUCUGACAUGCAAUUCUAUCAUAAGAUAGGGAAGGUGCCUCCUUAUGAUUGGAGCCCCCAGUCGGAUGGAGUCGAAGUGUUCACUGUUCAUCAAACAAUGCUCAGCUCAUUCCCCCGUAGACCAUCCAACUCUGUGAUAUGUUUGGCCAGUCUACGAAGUGGUCAAGUCCACUAUCCACCGGAAUAUCUGGGUCGAGCUCCGUGCGUCAUUGCACGGCGUCCCAAACGGCCGAGGCAACACAAUGUCUCGUUUGUGUAUUGGGGAGAGGUUAUUUCCUCGGAUCGGGGACUGGACACGCCUCCGCUUAAAUUAAACCCUUGA